UCCGCGGGCGCCGAGCCCCCGGCCCCGGGCACCGCCCCACGCCGCCGCCGCCACCGCCGCGGGAAGAUGGCGAGCCGCAGCCUGCGCCUGCUGCUCCUGCUCUGCCUGGGGCUCCUGAGCUAUCCUGAUGUGUCUGGAAUCUCCAUUGAAACAGAUAACAAAAAUGUAAAAGCAGAGGAGUUUAAAGAGGCUAUUCUUAGUUGCAAACACAAAUUUUCAAAAGGGAUGAGUUUAAGAAUAGAGUGGAAGAAAAUCCAAUCUCAAGGAGUCUCAUUUGUCUACUACAACAGUGAAUUUACAGGUGAUCUCCGAGGCCGAGCAGAGAUGCUGAACACAGGAAUCCGAAUUAGGAACGUGACUAGGAGGGAUUCUGGGACCUACCGCUGUGAAAUCAGUGCCAAGAGUGAAGAGGGGCAACGCCUGGGAGAGGCUACUAUUACUCUCACAGUAUUGGUUGCUCCGACUACUCCAGUGUGUGAGGUACCCAGCUCCGCAAUGACAGGAACGGUCGUGCAGAUGAGUUGUAAGGAAACUGAGGGCUCCCCUCCAUCUGAGUACCAGUGGUACAAGAAUGGUGUUGCCUUGCUGGAGAAGACAGGAACAGGCAGUGCUAGAGCAGCAAACAUAACGUACACCAUGAAUAAAAAGUCUGGCACUCUGCUGUUUAAUACAGUUACAAAGAAUGACACUGGAGAGUAUUUUUGUGAAGCCUCCAAUGGGAUUGGAUUAUCUCAGAAAUGCUCAGUGAAGCGAAUGCAAGUUGAUGACCUUAAUGUAAGCGGUAUCAUUGUGGCUGUAGUAAUUGUGGCUCUGGUGAUGGUGCUGUGUGGCCUUGGAGUAUUCUAUGCCCAAAAAAAAGGCUACUUUGCAAAGGAAAGUUCUUCCCAAAAGAAGACAAACUAUCAAUCUACAAGUGAAAAGGAUUUCAAGCACACCAAGUCCUUUGUUAUUUAGAAGAUUUCAGCCUCUGUGAGGGACAUCAAAUUACUACUUGUUAUACAAAAGUAUCAAUGUCCUGGUUUCAGCUGGGAUAAUUUUCUUCAUAGUAGCUGUGUUUUGGAUUUAAUAUCAGAAUAAAGUUGAUAACACACUGAUGUUUUAGUUGCUGAUGAGUAGUGCUUACUCCAAGUCAAGGAGUCCUCAGAUUCCCAUGGUCUUCCAGUGAGGAGGUGCAGAAAGAAGCAGGGACAGGGCACAGCUGGGACAGCUGAUCUGAGUUGUCCAAAGGGAUAUGCAUAGAAUCACAGAAUCAUCGAAUUAGCUGAGUGGGAAGGGACCCAUCAGGAUCAUGAAGUCCAGCUCCUGGCCCUGCACAGGACACCCCAAGAACCACACCAUGUGCCUGCCAUGUUGUCCAAACACUUCUGGAACUCAAACAGGCUUGGUGCUUGGUGACUACCUCCAUGCCAGAACGUCGCUCCCAGUAUUUAAACUGGGGAAGUUGGCCAGGAGGAGCCAGCUGCUGCUGGGGGACAGGCUGGUCAUCAGUCCGUGGGUGGUGAGAAACUGUUGUGCAUCACUUGCCUUUUUGGGCUUUACUCCUCUCUCUCCUUUUCACUACAAUUAAUAGGACUGUUGUUUUUAUUAUAAUUAGUAUUAUUAGUAUCUUAUUUUACUUUAUUUCAAUUAUUAAACUGUUGUUUUCUCAACCCACCAGUUUUACUUUUUUUUUCCCAGUUCUCCCACUGGGCUGGAGUGGGGACAGUGAGAAAGCAGCCACAUGAGGCUGAGCUGCUGACUGAGGUGCUGGCAGUUCUUUUUGGCACCCAAUGUGGGACUCAAAAGGUUGAGAUGAGACCAGAUCUGACUAGAGCAUGUUAAAACAAGUUUGUUAUAAGCCUUCAUUGCAUUGGUUUAAUAGUUGCUGGUCACCAUAUUGAUUCAUUUGCUCUAGGCCUGGGCUAAGGUUAUCACUGCGUUGUUCUGUGUUGUCCUGGCUUGUGAAAUGAUAGAAUGACAUGAGCCUGUCUGGUGUGUGUCCCCUCUGUCCUUUGGGAGCCAUCUGCUGGAAACUAUCCACAGUUACAUCUACUGCCUUGUACCCUCAGAGAGCCAACCCAUGGGAAAAACACGUUCCUUCCCCUCAGGAUGAUUACAAUAGCAUUUGAGAAUUUUAAAGACUUUGCAUAUCCUGUGACUACCCUUGAAACCAACCUGGUCCUUUUGGUAACAAUCAGUGUGUUGUUGCAUUUGGUUCAGGUCUUAUUUAGGGUUAGGAAAUGAUCUGUGACAACCGAAACCCCACUGACAUGUACUGUACCUACACAGACUUCAGUAAUAGGCCAACAAGAGGCAACCACUCAAUCCUUACUCCUGAGUGAGCUGCAGGAUAUACAUAAAUAUUUCAGCUGUUGUCCUGAUGAGCAUCCUACCACCUAGCUGUUCCAAUGCUGGGAUAAUGGGACUAAUGGGCUGGAACUAGAGGGAAGGAAUCACUUUCUAAGAAAGCAAGCA